AUGGAUCGUUAUGAAAAAUUGACAAGAAUAGGAGAAGGUGCAUAUGGUGUUGUAUUCAAAUGUCGUCAUCGUGAUACUGGAGAUAUAGUUGCAAUUAAAAAAUUUACAGACUCUGAAGAAGAUCCAGUGAUACAUAGAAUUGCAAUGAGAGAAAUUCGUACAUUGAAA